AUGGCUCCCGCUCUUACCAAGGUUAUCUACCAGGCCGACAGUGGCACCAGCUUCAUCGCCAUGGUCAACGCACCAGAAUUCGCGAAGUGGAAGGAGGGCGACAAGACGAUCCCGCUCGUCGAUGUUGUACAAUCCUUCCAGAUCCUGUCCACACAGCAGGGCGCACAGGGUCUCCUCGGUACUGCAUCAAAGCAGGACCUUGAGAACGAGUUUGGCACGUCGCGCGAUGACGAGUGCAUCUCGAAGAUCCUCGAGAAGGGCAAGGCGGAGCACGCCGACGCGAUCCGCAACAGCGACUGGGGAUCCACGAACGACUCGAAGGGCUCGCACAUUGACGUGCGCGGUUCUGGUCGGGGAACGACCGGUGCCGGUGGCCGUUGA